GGUUCCAAUUAAGCAGAAAUGGCUCUCUCAGCGGCCUCUGUGUUCCGCAGGUAUCACGUUCUGUCGCCAUCGCUUCCAUUUACAUCUUCAUAUUUAUCUUUAGGCCUCCAAUGCAGCCGCAAAUUCAGCGUUUUUGCCUCUCAGUCAAUAAUGACGGAAGAAUCAAGCUCGCCUCUGAUUUCUUCGACAGCCCAACCGCAGAACGUUCGGUGGAAGCCGACGUGCUUGUACUUCACUCAAGGUAAAUGCACUAAGAUGGAUGAUGUGACACAUACUGAGAAGUUCAAUCACAGUUGCUCCGUGGCUGGGAAGCUAGCGGCAAAUAUUUUGCAAUCGAGGAACUUGCUGCAGCAGGGUUUCGAUUUUCUUCUCGUGCUCGAUUUGGAAGGGAAAGUUGAAAUACUUGAAUUCCCUGUACUAUUGUUUGAUACGAAAACCAUGGAUGUUGUAGAUUUCUUUCAUAGGUUUGUCCGGCCUUCAAAAAUGAGCGAGCAAAGAAUAAAUGAAUAUAUAGAAGGAAAGUAUGGGAAAAUUGGGGUUGACAGGGUUUGGCAUGAUACGGCUAUCCCUUUCGGAGAAGUUAUCAAGCAAUUUGAAACUUGGCUAGCUAAGAAUGAAUUGUGGCAAAAGGAGGGGGGUGGCUGCCUAAAUAAGGCUGCAUUUGUGACCUGUGGGAAUUGGGAUUUGAAAACAAAAGUUCCGCAGCAGUGCAAAGUAUCAAAGAUGAAGCUUCCGCCAUAUUUUAUGGAAUGGAUCAAUCUGAAGGACAUAUAUCUGAACUUCUAUAAGCGAAGGGCCCCAGGGAUGCUUUCCAUGAUGAGGGAACUGAAUAUUCCCCUUUUAGGCAGUCACCAUCUUGGAAU